AUGGACUGUGAAAAAAAAAAAAAUAGAGGCAAAUAUCUUAUCAGUAAGUCUGUAAAAUCCCCAAUUUAUAACGAUUUAUCAUACCCAAUCAUGGAUAUCAAAAGCUCAUACGAUCGAACCUAUUACUUGGCUAGUAACCAAGUGAAAGAAAAAGAAAAAGCAGUAUCCAAGCUUUCAGCUAUUUGA